GAAUGUUAUUCGAAAAAGACCCACAAUGACCAUACUUAUGUGCUUUAUGAUUUUAAAUUGUGUAGCCGCAUCGGCUUUACAAUAUUCUGCCCCGGAUGAUUGUGAUUGGACCCAAAUCAGUUCCAAUGACGUAUCACUGUCAUGCAAUCUCCAAACAAUCGUUGCUUCUGGAGUACUGGCUACCAAUUUCAGCCUCAUACAAAGUGAUCAUACUGUUGCUAUGAGUGUUACCUGCGAAUCUUUAUUUUUUGAAAGUUCUCUUGCCCCAGCCUCUUUCUCCCAUCUUCGUAAUCUAAAGGCACUUCAAUUUAAGCAGUGUAAAAUCAAAGAAGUUCCAAGAGAUGCGUUUUCUGGGUUAACCGAGUUAAAAAAUCUUAGUAUUCGCACUAUGAAUGAUGAAUGGGGAGAAUUUUCUUUGUCCAUUCACCCCGAAAGCUUCAAUGAAUUACACCAAUUAGAAACUCUUGAUCUAGGACAUAAUAAACUUCAGAAGUUUACUGACAGAACAUUUUGUCACCUCAGUUCAUUGAAAACUCUCAAUUUGACCCAAAAUGAAUUGACCUCAGUGAUCUCCCAUGUAGAUGGCGUUAGCAAAGUAUAUGAGUUUUGUGUCAAUGACUUAUCCGAAUUAGAUUUGUCUCACAAUAAAAUCAUGCAAGUUGAAGCAAAUGACUUGAAAUAUUUUAAGAGCUUACGUCUUUUGAGGCUUGCGCACAACUAUAUUGCCUCAUUAGACUGUAACAUACUGAAAGAUUUUUCAAAAUUACAGGUUAUUGAUAUGUCUUACAAUCACCUAAGCACAUUACCAGCAAUGUUGUUCGAAGAUUCACCUGAUAUUAGAGAAAUGAACCUUCAAAAUAAUUCAAUCAACCACCUCCCUCAAGGUCUCUUAAAUGGACUGCAGCAGCUUGUUAUUCUCAAUUUUAGCUUUAACAAAAUUUCAAGUGAUUCAAUAAGACCAGAAACAUUUGUAGAUCUUAUUCGUUUAGUCAUACUUGAUUUAAGUCAUAACGAACUUAACAACAUAAACAAUACUUUAUUUCAGUCUCAGUAUUCACUUCAAAUGUUGUUUUUAUCUCAUAACAAUAUAGAUACUAUUGCAGACAAUUCCUUUUCGUCCCUGUAUAAUUUGCAUACUUUAGAUCUGAGUCAUAAUCGCAUGAAGUAUUUGGAUAUAUUUACACUGAAUGGCCUUUACGUUAUCAGUAAUUUAAAAUUGUCUUACAAUAGCAUUUACGGUAUUAAUCCAGAUGCAUUUAAAAAUUGCAGCAGUGUACAAGAUUUGACACUGAAAGGAAACAACCUGAGUUUUAUCCCAACUGCUUUGACAUCUUUACAAUUUUUGAAAACCUUAGAUUUGAGUAAUAAUAGCAUCCAAGGCUUAUAUAACGCAUCAUUUCGUGAACUCAAACAACUACGCCAUCUUUCGCUUUCAAUGAAUAUAAUAGGAAACUUAACCAGAGGAACAUUUAAACACAUGGUUGGUCUAAAAGAACUAGAUUUAUCGAAGAAUAAGAUUCAGAACCUAGAGCAUGGAAUAUUUGAUGACAUUGAAAGUGUCAGCAAAAUUGACCUAAGUGAUAAUCAACUUUUGGAUAUUAACGGUCUUUUCAUGAAUCUCAAGGGUCUAGUCUCAUUAAACGUAUCACGAAACAUGAUUUUCUGGUUUGAUUACGCUGUUGUACCGGCUGAGCUGGAAGAACUAGAUCUGCAUAGUAACGGAAUUGAAACAUUAGGAAAUUAUUACGAAUUAGAAGCAACACUUCAACUUCGCUCAUUGGAUGUUUCGCACAAUCUUAUAAUGGGAAUUAAUGCAGCUUCGUUCCCUAAUGGCAUCCAGUUUUUGAAGAUUAACGACAACCGCAUUAGCAAUGUUUAUCCUUUUACCUUUACUGCUAAAGGUAACAUCAGCUUCGUGAAUAUGUCUAAUAAUUUUAUUGAGACUCUUGACAUUAAUACAUUUCGAUUGAACCCAAAUGCGUUGAAAAAACCUUUCCCAAAAUUUGCUAUAUCUGGAAAUCCUUUCUUUUGUGACUGCAACAUGGAAUGGCUGCAGCAUAUGAAUAAGCCAGAUGCAACUCUACAGUAUCCGCACAUUGUAGAUUUAGAAAAAGUGAUGUGCCAGUUAUCUUUUACCCGCCAUGCCGCAUUCCUGCCCCUUUCAAAAUCAAAAUCAUCAGAUUUUCUUUGCAAGUACCGUAGUCAUUGUUUUGCCCUGUGUCACUGCUGUGAAUUUGAUGCUUGCGAUUGUGAAAUGGUUUGCCCAGAUAAUUGCACUUGCUACGCAGAUCAGACUUGGAAUACAAACAUUGUGGAUUGCAGUUCACAAAACUUUUCCUCUAUGCCAUCUGUUAUUCCUAUGGAUGUCACCGAUUUGUAUCUUGAUGGUAACAAUAUUUAUCAACUCACUAGUCACACAUUUAUUGGGCGCAAGAACAUGCGAAUUAUAUUUUUAAAUAACAGUAACAUCCAUGUUAUCAACAACAGAACUUUCAACGGUUUAUUGACACUUCGUAUCUUACAUUUGGAAAACAAUCAGCUAGUAUCGCUUAAUGGAUAUGAAUUUGAGACAUUAAUUCAUUUGGAAGAGUUAUAUCUUUCAAGUAAUAAAAUUAGAUUUGUUGCAAAUACUACGUUUCAAAAUUUAAAAUCUCUCACACAUCUGCAUUUAGAUCACAAUCUUAUCAUGGACUACCAAGUUUGGAAUCUUAAGUUAAACACUCGUCUUACUAGCCUUCAGUUAGGACAUAAUCCUUGGAACUGCAAUUGUCAGUAUUUGGAAUCUUACUACGAAUGGCUUCAAAGUUCUUCUUCGCUGAUAAAGGACAUUGCAUCCGUUCAAUGCCGCUAUAACCAAUCUGCAGGGCCUUAUCUUGUAGAAUUCAACGUGGCUUCGUGCUCUAAUUACACAGCUAUUACCUACUUUCAAGCCGUGUUCCAAGCAGACUAUAUGCCCAUCAUCAUUAUUGUACCUAUUGUGAUUCUAAUUUUGCUUUUGCUUACGAUUCUCAUAUGUGUGUACCGGAAAGAAAUAAAAGUGUGGCUGUAUACUAAGUAUGGCAUCCGCCUUUUUGAGAGAAACACUUUUCCACCUGAAACGGAAAAACUUUUUGAUGCUUUUAUUUCCUACAGUAAAAAGGAUGAAAAUUUUAUUUCACAGUUUUUAGCUCCUGAACUCGAAUAUGGUACUCCAUCUUACCGCCUGUGUUUAAGAUAUCGUGAUUUGCCAAUGUCUGGAUAUGUUGCUGAGGCUAUUACUGAAGCCAUUGAAUGUAGUCACCGAACAAUUAUUGUUCUCUCCGAGCAAUUCCUUAAGAGCGAAUGGUGCCGCUUCGAAUUGAAAAGUGCCCACCGUGAAUCGCAGUGCAAUCGAAAGCACAAGUUGGUUGUGGUGAUCAUGGAUAAACUGUCAAUAAAAGACGUUGAUCCUGAUGCAAGAAUGUGCUUCCGCAGUGCCCCUGUCAUUCGUUGGGGCGAUAAAAGGUUCUGGGAGAAGUUGAAAUACGCCAUGCCAAAUGGACAGGGUCAGCAGAAACCAGAUCCUAAAAUCAAAUUUUCUCAAAGACUGCCGAAUUCAAAUAGCAUCAAGCUUGUGUAGUGGUUUUUGUAAAGAAAAUCCUGUGUUAACGAGUUUUCCUUUUGCAUCAUUAAGUUGCUCAGGAUUUUCUUAUAUUUACGUAAUUUUUUGUUCCUAUCAUGUAUUCAGUCUUAUGAAGGUGUUAGGCAUUCCUGUUUAUUAUUAUUUCAUAUUCAGUCGUUUACAAUACAUGUUUUUGUCAUACGAAAUUUCGGGUAGUGAUGAGUUUUACUUCAGCUAUCCCGUGCCCAGUGAGAAUACUGAAGAAGAGUACAUUUUUCUGUCCAGAAAAAUUGCUAUGUCUUCACUACGAGUAUUCGAGUUUCCAGAGCUUUUUACCAACUGUACAAUUAUAUAAACAAGACUUUUCAGCAUAAGUUUUUCCUUUGAACUAUGAUUGUGGUCAUCGAUAUUUGACCACAACUAAUUCGCCAUUGUAUGCUUCUUGUGCCACUUAACUGUUGUCCAACAUGAAGCAUUGGUACAUUUUGUGUUAAACAUGUGAGGCGUUUUUAUUCGUACUUUCCAAAGCAUUUCUUGUAUUGUGUAUUUUGCUUUAAUUGCAAUUUGUUCCUCAUCCAGACGACUGAGCAGUGCUCUUGACGAUUGUACAUAAUGGAGAAUGUGUGCACAUAACGCAGCUGUCUAUGUUUAUUUUUCCCGUCAAUUUCAUGCUUCCAGACAGUACAUGGUCUCUAACGUCCUUUUUUUACCAACUAUUUUUCAUUAAAAUGUGAGAGACAUUCAAUGGCUGCCUGCU